AGGACUCAGUCAUGGAGCUGCUGUUGACGAUUCUUUUGAGUGUUUUURUAGCWCUGGUCGGUGGACUGWACCUUCUUGGGGUUUUCCGAMAGCARMRACCAGGAGAACCCCCUCUCGACAAGGGUCUCAUUCCAUGGCUGGGCCAUGUGCUAGAAUUUCGCAGAGACACUUUCAAGUUCCUAGACAGGAUGAAGAAGAAACAUGGUGAUGUCUUCACAGUACAGCUGGCUGGAUAUUACUUCACUUUCCUCCAGGAYCCUCUAUCGUUUGGGGCUUUUGUUAAGGAGAGUCGAGAAAAGCUGGACUUCAACARAUUCGCAGAACAGCUGGUCAAGAAAGUKUUUGGGUAUSUAAGYAUUGAGGAAGAUCACCACAUCCUUCAGAAUACCAGCAAUAAGCAUCUGAAGGGAGAAGGCCUGGGUGUAAUGACACAAGCCAUGAUGAGCAAUUUGCAGAACCUGAUGUUGCACAGCAUCGGCUCAGAACAGAAGACCUGGAAGGAAGAUGGCCUGUUCAUGCUCAGCUACAACAUUGUGUUCAGAGCAGGCUAUUUAGCUUUGUUUGGAAAUGUGCCACACAAGUCAAAGGGUGGUGAGGUGAAAGCCAAAGAGGAAGACAGAACUCAGUCUGAAACUUUGUUUUAUGAGUUUCGUAAAUAUGACCAACUUUUCCCCAACCUGGCCUACGGGGUCCUUCCCCCAAAGGACAAGUGGGAAGCUGACAGGUUACAGUCCUUCUUCUGGGACGCUGUGUCAGUAGAGAAGAUGAAAAACAAGGACAACAUCAGUCGCUGGGUGUGGGACAUGCAGCUUGCCAAAGAGGAGMUGGGCAUGGAGGAGUCMAUGAUCAACAAGUACAUGUUUCUGCUUCUUUGGGCUUCUCAGGGUAACACGGGACCUUCUUCCUUCUGGCUUCUGCUCUUCCUCUUGAAACACCCAGAGGCCAUGGAAGCAGUCAGAAAAGAGGUUGAUAAAGUCUUAAAGGAGACUGGACAGGAAGUCAAACCUGGUGGCCCCCUGGUUGACCUGACCCGUGAAAUGCUCACAAAAACACCGAUCCUGGACAGCKCWGUGGAGGAGACCCUCCGGCUCACAGCUGCACCCCUCCUCAYCAGGGCAGUGCUCCAGGACAUGACYCUCAAGAUGGCUGACGGGCGUGAAUACUUCAUYCGURAAGGAGACCGSAUGGCAAUCUUUCCUUACAGCGCCGUUCAUCUUGACCCAGAAAUCCACCCUGAUCCUCUGUCCUUCAAGUAUGACCGCUUUCUGAAUCCAGACGGCAGCAAGAAAACUGAGUUUUACAAAGCAGGGAAGAGAGUGAAGUAUUACAACAUGCCCUGGGGUGCAGGGGUCUCUAUGUGUCCGGGGCGAUWUUUUGCCACCAAUGAGCUGAAACARUUUGUUUUCCUCAUGUUGGUGUAUUUUGAGUUUGAGCUGAAGAAUCCUGAUGAGAAGAUUCCUGAAAUCGACUUCAGGCGAUGGGGCUUCGGCUCGAUGCAGCCUGACAGAGAUGUUCAGUUUCGAUACAGACUGAGAUAUUAAACCAAUCAGUGAGAAAAUACAUGUUGAUUAUCUCUGCAAGCUUAAAUUUUAUCCA